AUGCGUGCGGCCACGGCUGCUUCGUUUCGAAGCAGAGCUUGGAGCACUGCUGAACUUGCUGAUGGGUUAUCCCAUAUCCUUCAAGACGGGCAGCUGCCAGAUGAUCCGAACGAGUUGAAGGAAUCCGCUUUCCUUGGAUGCGCAAAGAUGAAGCUGGAACAACAUGAGUUAGAGGACGCCCUGGCUGACAUGGCAACACCGCAGAACAAUCAGAAGCCUGUGGGACCUGAAGAACCUUGCAAUCAGGAGACCCAGCCAGCCACAGAGAGCCAGCUUUUGCAAUACCAACAGACCAUGAAAGCUUAUGAUACCUUGGUGAACCUCUUCAAGGACGGCAAGCUUGAUGCCACGACUGCCAUGAAGAUGAUGGCUGGUAUUUCGGAAUCAGCCACCCCAAAAACUCCAAAUUCGGAGACCAGUUCGGUGCCAAAAGCAUCACAGGGUUCCAACACUGGGUUUGGGAAGAAACGGUCUCAUGAAGAAGACCAGAGUGACGAUGAUGCAGCUUCUGAUGACAUGGAGUUGGAAGGUCCCAAAUACUCUCGCCUGGCGAAGUUGCGGCGCUUGUGUGAAUUGAAAGCAGGGGUGCGCCUCCAGGUCCCUACUUGGCUCCACGAACAGUGGAAAAAGGGGGAUCACUUGGCCAUGGCUUUGAAGUAUCAAAGCGCUGGCUUCAACAAGGACGAAUUUGUCAAGACGUUGGAGAAGACAUAUACGGAGGUCGAGCGAAAGAAGAACAAGGUUUCUGUUGGUUGGUACUCUGAGUCUGAUAUGCAGACCGAACUCAAAUGGAAAAAGAAGAAGAUUGACGGGGCCAUCGCCCUUUGCAUGCAGGAUGAGCUUAACCUUGUCAGGACUUGCAAGUACAGUGGCGAAACUGAGUACUGGGUUGAGAUACGGGAAUCUGGCGAAAAGCGACAACGUAAGGAAGUCUCUGAGGACCGAUAUGGUAGUUAUACUGACAAAUCCACCAAGCCGAUGGGUGAUGUGGAUGUGUCAGAGCUCAACAAGAUGGAUGCUCGUUCAAAGGCUGUGGCAGCGGCUGGCACAGCCACGGCACAGGCAUGUCGUGGAAAGCAUGUGCUCACGAAGUUUUGCGACAGUGUGCUCACCCUUAUCAGUGACUUGAGGAAGAACUUUCAAGAUGAAACUGCGGAUAGGUCGAUUGCUGCCCUUGAAGGAGAUCUCAAUACCUUGGAGAAGAAGUACAACAUGUGUUCGGAACAUCUGGCUAAAGGUGAGACCGUUGACUUCAACAAAGAGUGGACUACCGAAUCGGAGCGGCUCAUGAAGGAGAGCACUGUUGAGUGCACGAAGGUGGCGCAGAAUGAGGCCAAGAUCCGGCAUCAUCCUCAAUUUUUCCUUGGCUGCAUUGAGUUUGAGAGAGCACCCGAACAGCGUGGGCAUCCAUUCAUUCGAACCAGAUUCGGUUUUUUCCUGUUGUUGACACAUUUCCAUGGCAUAAAAAAUAUUGUUUCUACCCUAGGAAUGCCAAACGGCAUUUUCAGAAGAAGGACAAGAAGGUGA